CUCCCCCCUCCGCCGCCGCCCGAUGGGGGCUCGCGGGCGGAGAAGGCGCCGCUGAGCCUCCGGAGGACCCGACGCCGCAGGAGUUGUUUAAUGAAGCAAUGAAACCGUUCCUGAAAACCUUUGACUACGUCGUGGACUUUGGCGGAUGAGACUUCCCUCUCCUAUCUAUAGAGUCUGAACUAUUAAAAAUUAAGAAGCGAGGUAACAGAUGGAAAUGAGUGGUGGAUUGGCACCAAGUAAAAGCACCGUGUACGUUUCCAACUUGCCCUUCUCGCUGACAAACAAUGACUUAUAUAGGAUAUUCUCCAAGUAUGGAAAAGUUGUGAAAGUUACCAUUAUGAAGGACAAAGAUACAAGGAAAAGUAAAGGGGUCGCAUUUAUUUUGUUCUUGGAUAAAGAGUCAGCCCAAAACUGCUCCAGAACAUUGAACAAUAAACAGUUGUUCGGUCGAGUAAUAAAAGCCAGCAUCGCUAUCGAUAAUGGAAGAGCUGCAGAGUUCAUUCGAAGACGUAAUUACUUUGAUAAAUCCAAAUGCUACGAAUGUGGGAAACUCUGGAAUUUAUCAGGAUUAGUUCUACAACCUAUUGUGGAAACAGGGCACUUAAGUUAUGCUUGUCCCAAAAAUAUGCUCGGAGAACGCGAACCGCCGAAAAAGAGGGAAAAAAAGAAAAAAAAGAAAAUAGUUGAGCCAGAGGAAGAAAUUGAAGAAGUGGAAGAAAGUGAAGACGAAGGAGAAGACCCUACUCUUGAUAGCCUCAGCCAGGCCAUAGCUUUUCAGCAAGCUAAAGUGGAGGAAGAGCAGCAACAGUGGAAACCUACUUCAGGGGAACCUUCAACAUCGGAUGACUCGAGGCGGCCGCGGAUAAAGAAAAGCGCAUAUUUCAGCGAUGAGGAAGAACUUAGUGAUUGAAGCUGGCGUGCCUCGCUUACCUUUUUUUUAAAUACCAUGAGGCUGCGGCACAGACUUUUCAUUGGAACUUCAGACUGCCGCAGGGACUCACAGCCUGAAGAAUGGAACGGAAGAGUUUAGGUAACGUUAAAAGUGAAGUAAAAAUGUUAAGUGUAAAGAGAAAUUUCAUGGCAGUUCUAUUGACUUAUUACUCAAAACAAAUUCAUUUGUAUUCAGGGAUUACUGUGUGCUGAGCACUGUACAAGGCACUUGGAGGGUAAAAUAAGUAUAGAAGACACAGACUGCCCUUCAGGAGUUUACAUUCUAAAAAGGUUCAUUGAGCUGCCAAGUUCAGAAAUGCACUUUUGAAGUUGAUUACAUUGGGGAAACAGAUCUUUCAUCGACUUGCAAUAACUACAUUAUUUGGAAACAUGCUCUUGGUUCAGGUUGCCUGGAGAUCUUUGUUUUUAAAGAUCAAUGGACUUUUUUUGGUUCUUCAGUGUAAUUUGUAUUUUUAAGUGAUUUUUAUUUUAAUAAAUACUUGAAAAUUAGCUCUGCCCAAGCCUUUAGUGCGGGGUAUUUCAUUCAGCUUAACUAGUUUUGCACCAUUAAACCAAAUUAGUCUUCUUACUUAAUUUUUAUAGUCCAUCAGUAAAUAUGUUAGAAACUCUAAACUCUCAAGAGAGGUUUCUUCAAAACUUUCUCCACUCGGAAACACUUUCCUCAUUCAUACUUCUGUCUUCAGACAAAAUCACAGGAAAGAUUGUUGGUUUUUUUAAUACAGCCAUGUGAUAAAAUAAACAUUCUUUCAUCUCAC